GAUCACUGAUCGCCAAACGCUAUUAAUUGAUACUUUUUACAGUUUUAAUUGCUUCUUCUGACUACAUUGAAGUUCAUUUUUUCUCUUGUUUACCUUUCUGUCUUCUGUUGAGUGUUGACAACAGCUAAACUGUCCGGGACUUGGCCGGAAGCGUUGCUCAAAUAAAUUAAAUCAAUUUAUUGGCCAGUUGCGUCUAUUGCUUCGGGAUUUGACCGCAAGCGAUGCCACCGAGUUAUAUAAUGUGUUGGGCUUAAAAUAAUAAGAACGAUUGAUUUAAUUAAAAUACAACAUGCAAUUCGGUUCGUUUCAAUUAUUUUCUCCGUUUGUUCUGCCGCACAGCUAUAAGCUUUACUAUCUUUUGGUUAGAAAAGGCAAUCAAUCCCGUAAGAGACAAUAAAUCUUCUAGAUAUUAAAUCUAACACUCCACGCGAUUGAGUGAUUUUCGCCUUUUUCCAUCUCCAAAAUAUGAAUCACCAAAGUCUAUAAAAGCAACUGUUUGCCAAAGAAUGGCUUCCAGUUGUCUGCGCGAGGUUCCGGUGGAAAUGUUGCUCUCGGUGCUGAUACUCUUUUCGGUCGGAUCGUUGUCCGUUUCGGCCAGGACCUAUUUCAUUCCCUCGAGCCAAAAGCUGGUCCGCGAAGAGAGAAAAAGUGAUCGAGCGGGAUAUUACCAUCAGCGUGGAAACGAAGUGUAUGAUGGGUUAGAAGACUACGUUGAUUCGGAGGAGUAUCCCAGAAGUGUGAGAAAGUUUCGUGACUCGAAGAAUUACUACUCGAAUGAUCACGGCUACGUUGAAGUUCCGUUGCAACGGUACAAACCGGAAGUGAGGGACGUUCAACCAAUCGUCAUCAAGGAUCAUGCCCCAUCCGACCACGGACCGUCAGUGCUUGCAUUGCUGAAGACCCUGGCGGUUAUCCUGCUGGCAGUUGGAGUUCCUGCCUUGCUGUUUUUGUUUGUGGUGAUCCCGUUCAAGUUACUGGCAGGGUUGAAGAUGUUCGGCAUGACCCACCUCCUCACGCUCGCCGCUCUAGCUGCAACCUACUUCCUCAAGCAUCACCGUGCCUUGGGAGAUCACCAUGGAGGAUGGGGUGGUGGUGGUGGUGGCGGUGGCGGCGGUUGGGGAGGUGUUUACAGUCCGCUUACCGCGCUCGGAGGAUUGGCGGCCAUUUCCACGCCAAUAACUUCGUCAAACGUGAAUCAACCGAUUACGCAGCCAAUAAGUCAAGUGAUUUCCACCCCGGUCAGUCAGAAUCAGAACGCGGGCAAUCAGCAGAGUGGUGGUGGCGGGUCCAACGGUGGUGGUGGUGGCUGCAAUUGUGGGUAUAAUUGUGGCUGUAGUUGUGGUUGCAACAAAGGUGGUCACGAUUUUCCCAGUUGGGCCAUUCCAUUGCUGAUUGAAUUGAUGAAGAAUUGGAAUUGGAACAUUCCAAAGUACCCUGGACAUUUCCAUCCUAACCAUCACAACAAUAAUCACCAUGGCAAUAAUGGAACCGGUCAUGGAAAUGGGCCUGGAAACGGAAAUGGACCCGGAAACGGAAGCAUUGCCAGAGGUCUAAGUUCACGUGGAAAUAGUCGCACACCACGAAAAAUAUUUACACUUGAAGCGGAAGACUUUCGAAACAUGAGCGAUGAUGAGAUUUUUACGGUAAUGCGAUUUAUCAAGAAGAAGCUGAAUAGAAGUUAAACCAAAGGGUUAUUGUUAUUUUGAAAACAUCAAUUUUAAAACAACACGGGUCCACAAAGUAUUUGGUAUAUAAUAAAGAAUAUAAUAAUUAUGAUUAUUUUGUAACUUAACUGGCGACACCCAUAAGAACUGAAAAAUGUUCUAUUUUCGAUAUGUGCACAACUUUUUUCCAACUAUUUUGAUGAAGAAUGCCUUUUUCCAGUUUGACAAAUAAGUACGUUUGACACCAAAUUUACAAAUUCUCACCAUUUAAGGCUAUUGAUAAACACGUAUUUUCCGAAUUUUAAGCACAUUAAAGGGGUUGUAACGAGAUAUCGAAAAAUGGACCUCGGAUUCGUCAUUAGGAACCAAAAUUACUCCUUCGAACAAAGUUGUCGAAAACUGGGAUUGUUCCAUACAAAAAUCGAUGUUUUCCGUGGGUUUGAUAUUUUAAAAAUUGAUCGUAUGAGCAAGUCUUCACUUUUUGUAGUCUUUAUUUUUUGUAUUUUUGAAUUUGGCUCAAUCUUUUGGGAGCCUCUCCUUUGACCAAAGAAGCCAUUUAGUGACAUUGGUUCACCUA